CCUUUCCUUUCAGUCUCAGCUUCUUCAAUUUCCUCGGUAAUGGUUCCUACUCAGUGACACUUUCUAGGGUUUCAGUGUUCUAUCGAAUCUCUCUGCCCCUUCCACAAUCCCACAAUGUCCAACUUCUCCAAUCAGAUCAGAGCGUCUACGUCUCUCGUCAGACGCCUCAAACGUAGUAUCGGCGCUGCUACGCAGGCGAGAUCUUUCACCACCACUGAAGGUCACCGUCCCACCAUCGUGCACAAGCGCAGCCUUGAUAUCCUUCAUGAUCCUUGGUUCAACAAGGGAACGGCAUUUUCCGUGACGGAACGAGAUCGGCUCGAUCUUCGCGGUCUUCUUCCUCCUAACGUUAUGUCCGCCGACCAGCAGAUUGAACGUUUUAUGGUUGAUUUGAAGAGGCUUCAAGUACAAGUAAGAGAUGGACCAUCUGACCCAUAUGCUUUGGCUAAGUGGCGGAUUCUCAACCGGUUACAUGAUAGAAAUGAAACAAUGUACUAUAAGGUGUUGCUUGCCAAUAUUGAGGAAUAUGCACCUGUAGUGUAUACGCCAACAGUAGGACUUGUUUGCCAAAAUUACAGUGGUUUAUUUAGGAGGCCUCGUGGAAUGUACUUCAGUGCAGAAGAUCGUGGAGAAAUGAUGUCCAUGGUGUACAACUGGCCAGCUGAUCAGGUAGAUAUGAUUGUUGUCACGGAUGGAAGCCGAAUAUUGGGUCUUGGAGAUCUUGGUGUGCAGGGAAUUGGAAUAACAAUUGGAAAGCUGGAUUUAUAUGUUGCUGCUGCUGGGAUAAAUCCUCAAAGGGUACUUCCUGUCAUGAUUGAUGUUGGAACCAACAAUGAGAAGCUGCUCAAAGACCCCUUGUAUUUGGGACUCCAACAACAACGUCUUGAAGGUGAUGAGUAUCUUUCAGUGAUUGAUGAAUUCAUGGAGGCUGUGUUUACUCGUUGGCCACAUGUGAUUGUCCAGUUUGAAGAUUUCCAGAGCAAGUGGGCCUUUAAGCUGUUGCAGCGGUAUAGAAAUACAUAUAGAAUGUUUAAUGAUGAUGUUCAGGGUACUGCUGGUGUUGCAAUUGCUGGUCUUCUUGGAGCUGUAAGGGCACAAGGAAGACCAAUGAUUGACUUUCCAAAACAAAAGAUUGUUGUUGCUGGUGCUGGGAGUGCAGGAAUUGGGGUUCUAAAUGCUGCAAGGAAAACAAUGGCAAGGAUGUUGGGAGAUACUGAAACUGCUUUUGAUAGUGCAACAAGGCAAUUCUGGGUGGUUGAUGCCAAGGGUCUAAUCACAGAGGCACGUGAAGAUAUUGAUCUAGAUGCCCUGCCCUUUGCAAGGAAACUCAAAGAAGUUGAUCGUCAAGGAUUGCAUGAAGGCGCAAGUCUUGUGGAAGUGGUGGAGCAAGUGAAGCCUGACGUGCUUCUUGGAUUAUCUGCAGUUGGAGGGUUAUUCUCCAAGGAGGUAUUAGAGGCACUUAAACAUUCGACUUCAACCAGACCAGCUAUCUUUGCAAUGUCAAACCCAACAAAAAAUGCUGAGUGCACCCCAGAAGAAGCAUUCUCGAUUAUUGGUGAAAACAUUAUAUUUGCCAGUGGAAGUCCAUUCAAAGAUGUUGAUCUUGGAAAUGGUGAUGUUGGACAUAGUAACCAGGGAAACAACAUGUAUCUCUUUCCAGGAAUCGGACUUGGUACCCUCCUAUCAGGCUCUAGGAUCAUUUCUGAUGGCAUGCUACAGGCUGCAGCAGAAUGCCUGGCUUCAUAUAUGACUGAAGAGGAGGUUCUAAAGGGCAUCGUAUACCCUCCAAUAUCCAAGAUACGAGACAUUACAAAGGAGGUAGCUGCAGCUAUUGUGAAGGAAGCUAUAGAAGAGGAUCUUGCCGAAGGAUACAGGGAAGUGGAUGCUCGAGAGCUUAAGAAACUCAGCCAGAGCCAGGAGGAGCUUCUAAACUAUGUGCAGAAUAACAUGUGGGUUCCAGAAUACCCAACUGUAGUUUACAAGGAGGACUAACUCCACCCAGACGUUCCACCAAUCCUGAAAGCCCCAUGCCGAAGCCAUGAUUUUUAAAAGUGCAUGGUAGUAUUGGUUGUUCAUAACUUCAUAUGGUUGGUUUGUUUGGUUGGCUGGUUGGUUGGUUGGUUGGCUGGUUCGUUGGUUGUUUCUGUUUGUUUGUUUGUUUGUAUCGUUUUUUUUUUUUUUUUCUUUGCCAUGGUUUAUUUUUUUUGAAUGGGUUACAUUUCGGGGAGGGGGGAUUUGAACCCCAGCCCAUUGGGUUGGGGGGCAUCUUACUAUAAGGUUUAUAACCAUAGACUGCGAAAACCUAGGUGCUUUUUGCCAUGGUUUAUGAAAAUGAGAUCUCAAUAAAUUAACAGUAUCAUUCAGUGAGAUUAUUGAUAACUGCCAGUGCCAUGGGACUCCACGGCUGUAGUACUUUUCAAUUUUAAUUUUUAAUACAGUAUUAAAGUUUUU